GAGAGAGAAAGAAAGAGUUAUAUAGGGUAGGUGUUGUAGCUCCGUACGUUAGUCGUGUUAAGAGAGUGAUAGAGAACAAAUCAACAUGGCUGAAAGGCUACCAUGGGGAUUGAAAACCGAAGGAUUAACGCCUGGCUCUGUCAAGGCAAUAUCAGAAAGCAAGCUAAAGGCUUUCAAUAUUGGUACUAUGAAUAUUGGUAAGAAAGGAUUGUCCAAGAAAGAACAGGAAGAAUUAAAGAGAAAGCAAGAUGAAGAAGCAACAGCUCAGGUUUACCAAGAAUUUGUUGCAUCAUUUGAAGACAGCACGAAGCACAAUAAAACUUGGAUCAAAGGUGGUACAGUUCAUCAAGAGAAAAAAGAAGAAAAGGAGAAAGAGUUCAAGCCAGAAAAAGCCAAGGUCUACAAGCCGACAUCGAAACUAGCAGAGCUGGCAUCUACAUUUCCAUCAGUGAAAGAAAUCAAGAAAGAGAAGAAGGAAGAAGCUGCUCCGACCCCGCCGCCGCCGCCUCCACCGCCCCCUCCCCCGCCACCCGUAACCACCUCAGCCCCUCUGCUGGCAUCACCUGAACAUCAUCCAAAGUCUCAUUUUCCAACUGAUACUCCAAAAUCACAGAAGGAAAGCAGCAAAAGUCAGCAAAAUUAUUCCUCCUCAAAGAAGAGAAAAGAUGACAAAAAGAAGAGCAAUUUGGAACUUUUUAAAGAAGAACUGAAACAAAUCCAAGAAGAAAGACAAGAAAGACAUCGAUUAAAAAAGCAGUUUCGGAAUAACACAGAAGAAGAACCUGAUGAACAACAUCCUCCACCCAGAUUCGAUCUCAGUUUAGAGACAAACACAAAUGCCCCCAGCCCUAGAAAUUCUGGGGAAAACUUCAACCGUUUGGGAUCUUAUGAUACCGGAGACGAAUAUACAACUAACAUUUACGUUGGAAACAUUAGUCCAAAGAUGACUGAAUUACAGCUGUGUGAGGUCUUUGGGCGUUACGGUCCAUUAGCCAGCGUGAAAAUAAUGUGGCCAAGGACAGAUGAAGAACGAAAUCGGGGGCGAAACUGUGGUUUUGUUGCUUUCAUGAAUCGGAAGGAUGGUGAAAGAGCUAUGAAUGCAUUGAAAGGAAAGGCAAUCAUGGGCUUUGAAAUGAAACCUGGCUGGGGUAAAGCUGUACCAAUUCCACCAUAUCCUGUGUAUAUACCACCUGCCCUCAUGGAAAUGACUUUACCACCACCACCUUCCGGUUUACCUUUCAAUGCACAGAUGUCCCGGCGGAGUCGCGCCGACAAACUCUACGGGAAUGUCCCUCCACCUGGCUUGGACGGGAGCCGCUCUGGUGAUCAGAAAGAAGACAUGGAGAAGACUUUAGCCAAUGCUGUUGUGAAAGUGGUUAUCCCCACAGAAAGGAGUGUACUGUGUGUAAUUCACCGAAUGAUUGAGUUUGUCGUACGAGAAGGCCCCAUGUUUGAAGCUAUGAUCAUGAACAGAGAGAUUAACAACCCUAUGUUUGGAUUUUUAUUUGAAAACCAGAGUCCAGCUCACACUUACUAUAGAUGGAAACUCUUCACUAUUCUACAGGGUGACUCACCUUACAAAUGGAAAACUGAUGAGUUCCGAAUGUUCAAGAACGGCUCAAUAUGGAAGCCACCACCAUUAAACCCUUACACUCAGGGUAUGCCAGAUGAAUUGGUGGACAGGGAUGAAAACCAAAUUAAAAAAGGGCAGCUAACUGAUAGUCAAAGAGACCGUCUUGAAGACAUGUUACGAGAAUUAACUCCUGAACGAACUAAAGUUGGAGAAGCAAUGGUGUGGUGUUUGGAUCAUGCUGAAUCUGCUGAAGAAAUUGUCGAAUGUAUCACUGAAUCCUUAUCUAUUUUAGAAACUCCAAUACCCAAAAAGAUUGCCAGAUUAUUUCUGGUGUCAGAUAUUCUGUUUAACAGCAGUGCAAAAGUACCCAAUGCAUCAUUUUUUAGAAAAUUUUUCCAAGCAAAAUUACCGGAUAUUUUCAAAGACAUUCAUGAAACCUACAUAAAGAUUGACAGUCGACUGAAGGCCGAACAAUUUAAGCAAAAAGUGAUGUGCUGUUUCCGUGCUUGGGAAGACUGGGCUGUGUACCCGAAUGACUUCUUAAUCAGUCUACAAAAUAUAUUCUUGGGACUUGUCAUGUCCAAACAGGUAGUGGAGCAGCCUGACAGCGAAGAAGAGCCAGAUUUGGACGGUGCCCCCAUUGAAGACAUAGAUGGCAUCCCUAUUGAUGGCAUGCCAUUCAAAGAACCUGCUUCCAGUGAACUCGAUGGUAAACCUCUUGAUGUUGACUUGGAUGGUGACCCCCUAGUUGCUGAAGAUUUGGAUGGCAUGCCCUAUAAAGGCGAAGAUAUUGAUGGGAAACCUUUAGAAGAGGAUCUUCAGGCUCAAAAUCAAGCCAAAUUUGCUCAAUCAAAGUGGGAAACGGUGGAUGAAGCUGAACUGGAGGCCCAAGCCAUGACUACAUCUAAAUGGGAUCUGCUUGAUCAGCAAAGUGAUGGUGGUGAAGAUCAAAAGAGACAGAUGGAGGAAGAUCAAGAUGAUAUUGAUGGACAACCGAUGGAAGAUAUGGAUGACAUGUACCAAGAUGCUGGGUCAGACAGUGAACACAUGAAUCAGGAAGAGAAUUCCAAUGUUGCAGAUACAUUCCACAAACAGAUGUCAGAAGAACGCAGGGCAAAGCUCCGGGAAUUAGAGGUAAAAGUAAUCAAAUACCACGAUGAUUUAGAACUUGGCCGGCGAACACGCAAAGAAGGAAUGUCUCUUCAAGAACAAGUCCAGUAUUAUAGGAAAAAAUUAAUUCACAAGGUGAUGAAGGGAAUGACAGACACAGCCAGCCCUUCUCGAAGUAAAAGCAAGCGAGCCUUCUCUCCUUCAUCUCACCGAUCCAGGUCAUCCAGUCCAAAAAAAUCCAAACGCUCAAAAAGUCCAAAACGGUCAAAGCACUCCAGGUCCAGAUCGAGAUCAAGAUCACCGAGCUCUAUGUUAGAUUCUCGUUCACCCAGUCGUCAUCGUCAUAAACACAAGAAAAAUAAGCACAGGGAGUGAAAGUUUGCGUGUUAUCUUGUAAAAUGAAUUAAACGUUAUCUUGUCUCACCUACAUUAA